AUGGACGAGGAUGUAUUAGACGUUAACGAGCGUCCCGAGACGAUUCUAUCGCACCAGCCGAAGCGACAGAAGACGAUCCACGGUGGUCUUCCGAAUCCACGGCAUGACUGGUACACAGUCGGCUGGAUCUGUGCACUGCAUAUAGAAAUGGCAGCAGCUCGGGCUAUGCUGGACGAGACCCACGAACCCCUGUCAAAGCAUACAGACGACAGCAAUACCUACGUCCUCGGGCACAUCAAGGAGCACAAUGUGGUCGUUGCGUGUUUACCGGACGGGCAGUAUGGCACAAACAAUGCAGCGAUAGUCGCGACCAACAUGUUGCGAACGUUCCCAAGGAUUCGCAUCUGCAUGAUGGUAGGGAUCGGUGGCGGUGUACCAAGUAGAGCUGAUCUGCGUUUGGGUGAUGUCGUUGUUGGAACAAGAGUGAUGCAGUGUGAUCUUGGCAAAGUUAUCGACGACGGACACCUAUUGCGAACAGCAGUACCCAGGAUUCCUCACCAGUCGCUUGGGACGGUUGUGUCUGCCCUACGCUCGAAGCACGAAUUGAGUCCCAGUCGAGUCCCAACAAUCCUGCAACAGAAGCUAGGUCGCCAACCCGCAUAUAGUCGCCCAACAAUGCCAGACCGUCUUUUCCACGCGACAUAUGACCACGAACCUGCUUCGGGGAACCAGGUCAUGAGAAGUGGCACGACUCGAGAUAACGUAGCUCGACAAUUGGACAUCAUAUGCUUCGAAAUGGAGACUGCUGGACUGGUUGAUAUUCUUCCCUGCCUUCCGAUCCGGGGUGUCUGUGAUUACUCAGACUCUCAUAAGAGUAAAGAAUGGCAGAGGUACGCCGCAGCAACUGCGGCGGCAUACGCCCGGGAACUUCUCGAGGAGAUACCUGUGACUCACACGCAUACAAAUAAGAGGUGCAAGGAUGAUUUGAUCGAUGGCCCGUGCGAUGAACGCCGGCAACAUUUGUUAAAUUCCCUUAGGUUCGAGCGGAUUGAUUCCCGCAGAGUGAACAUCAAGGCCGCCCAUUCUAAGACGUGCCACUGGUUUAUUAGCCAUCCUACAUACAAGGAUUGGCUCGAUCGAGCUGCAUUGACACAGCACCGUGGUUUCCUGUGGAUUAGGGGUAAGCCAGGUGCCGGCAAGUCAACAAUUAUGAAAUUUGCACACGAGCGCAUGAGGAGAAGGGCGCAAUCUAAGAACAGUGUCACAGCUUCCUUUUUCUUCAAUGCGAGGGGUGAGGAUCUAGAAAAGACCGUCCUCGGAAUGUAUCGGUCCUUGCUACUUCAGCUCCUUGAAGGUUAUCCAGACCUCCAGGCAAUCUUCGACGAUCCCGAGCUUGUUCCUGGAAGACUUAGUGGUUGUCCUCCCUUGAACAGCCUGAAAGACCUUUUUUAUAACUCGGUCUCCCAACUUGGUUUACGCGAAUUUACUUGCUUCGUCGAUGGUCUUGACGAAUGCGACGAACAACAAGUUAUUGAUAUGGUCCAGUUCUUUGAAGACCUCACGGAACAAUGUUCAGCUAAGGGGAUCCCGUUUCGAAUAUGUUUCUCUAGUCGACACUAUCCAUAUAUUGACAUUCGACAAGGGAUCCGUCUGACACUGGAGGAUCAGCCAGGCCAUGCUAAAGACUUAGAGACCUACGCUGCUAGCCGUCUACGAAUUAGCGACCCAUUACUUGCCGAAGAGCUGCGAUCUACGCUUCUUGAAAAAGCGGCGGGCGUCUUCAUGUGGCUAGUUUUGGUUAUCGAUAUACUUAACAAGGAGGAUCGACAUGGAGCGAUGUUCCUCAGAAAGAGACUUGCUAAGAUACCGAGUGACCUUAGUGAAUUGUUCAAGGACAUUUUGAGACGCGACAGUGAGGACAUAGAGGCUCUCCUUCUUUGCAUUCUUUGGAUUCUGUACGCAAAACGCCCGUUACGACCAAAGGAGUUUUAUCAUGCGAUGUGGAGUGGCUUGUCACUCGUGGGUCUCACUGAUUGCCAAGUUCCAGAUAUCACCAUAUCCGAUUCAAGCGUGGGUUUGAACCAGUUCGAUAGGUAUGUCGUUCAUUCUUCAAAGGGGCUAGCAGAAGUUACAAAGUCCAAACAGCCAACUGUGCAGUUCGUGCAUGAGUCUGUCCGAGACUUCCUUAUUAAAGACAAGGGCUUGUGUGAAUUAUGGCCUGAGAUCGGGCUGGAUUACGAGGGCCUAGGUCAUGAAAGGCUCACACAAUGUUGCUGCCUCUACAUGAACCAUCCAUCGGUAGACGCAUCGCUCAGAAAUCUGGCCUCAGUUCCAAGCUCGGACUGGACAACGCGGACCUUGAACAAGCUUCCUUUUCUAAAAUACGCGGGUCAAUACAUCCUCGACCAUGCCAACAUUGCCGCCAAGUUACUUCCCCAAGGAGACUUCUUGUCUGCUUUUCAACUUUCCAAUUGGAUCAAAAUCCGCAACGCCUUUGAAAAAUUCAAGGUUCGCAGAUAUACCCAGGAUGCAAGCCUGAUCUAUGUUCUCGCGGACAACGGCUACUCGGAGCUCGUCCGCAUCAGGCUCAAAGAGGACCCGCAAGAUUGUGCUCCUGGGGAGAGAUACAGGUACCCGUUAUUCGCUGCGUUAGCGAGCGGUUAUAAGGACACUGUCGCUGCUCUUUUAAUGUUGCCAUCGCAUAUAUACGACGGUAUGGAUCUUACAGAGGGCCUGAACAAUAGAAAAGAUUUCAAAGCGUACGAGAAUCGGACACCGCUGUCUUGGGCUGCUCAAGACGGGCGCGACACUAUUACCAAGCUCAUCAUUCAGACCGGAACGGACAUUGAUCAUAGAGAUGGAGGAGGACGAUCACCGCUUUCGCGUGCUUCUGAGAAUGGCCAUCAAACGGCUGUAAGGCUUCUCGUUGACAAAGGAGCUGAGGUCAAUACUUGUGACCGAGAUGGAUGGACACCACUUUCACGGGCGUCAAUGAAUGGUCAUAAGGAAGUAGUGAGGCUUCUUAUUGAUGGAGGAGCGGAGCUCAACGCCGGUAUCAGAUUUGGUUGGACGCCGCUUUCAUGGGCCUCACAGUACGGCCAUGAGGCAGUGGCAAGGCUUCUUAUGGAUAAAGGAGCUGAUGUCAAUUUCAGAGACAAACACGGAUGGACACCUCUUGCCUGGGCUCUGGAGGAUGGUCACGAAGCCGUGGUGAGGCUUCUUAUCGAGAAAGGGGCGGAGGUCAACAGUGCUGACCAAUACGGCCGGACACCGCUUUCAUGGGCCUCACAGUACGGCCAUGUUGAAGUCGUGAGGUUUCUUAUCGAUAAAGGAGCUGAUGUCAAUUUCAGAGACAAAUACGGAUGGACACCUCUUGCCUGGGCUCUGGAGGAUGGUCACGAAGCCGUGGUGAGGCUUCUUAUUGAGAAAGGGGCGGAGGUCAACAGUGCUGACCAAUACGGCCGGACACCGCUUUCAUGGGCCUCGCAAUAUGGCCAUGAGGCAGUGGCAAGGCUUCUUAUCGAAAGUGGAGCAGACGCCUGUGAUAGUGAUCAAAUGGGCGGAAUCCGUAUUUGA